AUGGCUGAUUUAGAACACCGCUUUAUUGGAAUACGUGAUCUAGCUUAUGCACUUAUACCUAAACUUAAACCACAUGAUGUUCAGGUCUAUAUUGAUAUGAAGCUUAAUGAUGUAGUAAUACGUCAUCUGGAAAAGUAUAGAUAUCAAAAUUACCAGUUUAUAAACGACGCUAAAGAAAAUUAUAAGCCGAAGUUUGUUGAACUGAAUCACUUUAGUGUUUUCCCACAUCCUAGAUGUAAAGACGAAGAAACAUCAACAUCACAA